GGCCCAGACUGUGUAUGUUCAUCAGUUGUUUAUUUACUCUUUCUUGUACCUAUUAUUCUCUUUCUCGGUCUUCUUUCUUGUGUGGCUCAUUAGCCUUCAAUCAAAAAUGGCCCUCGAAGUCUUCCUCACGCCCUACACGCUUCUCCUCGUCCCCAUCCUCUACUUCAUCCUGCCCUACCUGCGCAACUGGAGUAUCCGCGACGUACCCGCGCCGUUCCCAGCGGCGUUUACAAACUUCUGGCUGCUGUGGCAGGCGCGCCGUGGAAAGCGGUAUCUGGCUGUCCAUGAGCAGCAUGCGAAGCACGGGACGUUUGUGCGCAUCCAGCCGCAUCAUGUGAGUAUUGCGGAUGAUGCGGCGAUUCCGCAUGUGUAUGGGCAUGGGAAUGGGUUUUUGAAGAGUGAAUACUACGACGCCUUCGUCUCCAUCCGCCGCGGCCUCUUCAACACACGCGACCGCGCCGAGCACACGCGCAAACGCAAGACCGUCGCACACACCUUCUCGGCCAAAUCCGUCGGCCAGUUCGAACAGUACAUGCAUGGUAACCUGGAGGAACUGCGGCGCCAGUGGGACCGCCGCGCGGACAGCAUGCAUGGCGCUUUCUACCAGAUGGAUGCGCUGAACUGGUUCAAUUACCUCGCGUUUGAUGUCAUUGGCGACUUGGCGUUUGGCGCCCCGUUCGGCAUGUUGGAGAAGGGGCGGGACGAGGCGGAGGUCAGGAUGAGCAAGGAUGCGGCGCCGACGUUUGCGCCUGCGAUUGAGGUGCUGAAUCGGAGGGGUGAGGUUUCGGGAACAAUCGGCUGCCUCCCCCAAAUCAAGCCCUACGCAAAGUACCUCCCCGACCCCUUUUUCACCCAAGGCAUGAAAGCGAUCGAAAACCUCGCCGGCAUAGCCAUCGCGCGCGUAAACGCCCGUCUAGCCCAACCCUCCGACCGCGUCGACCUCCUCGCGCGCCUAAUGGAAGGCCGCGACGAAACAGGCAACAAACUAGGCCGCGAGGAACUCACAGCCGAAGCCCUAACACAGCUCAUCGCCGGCUCGGACACAACAUCCAACACCUCCUGCGCACUGCUAUAUCAUUGCCUGGCGACCCCGCACGUCGUGCCGAAACUGCAGAAGGAGCUCGACGCAGCGCUGCCGGAUAGCGACGCGGUGCCGAGCUUCGCCCAGGUGAGGGAUUUACCCUACCUCGACGCCGUGAUCAAGGAGACGAUGCGCAUCCACAGCACGUCGUCGCUGGGGCUGCCGCGCAUGGUGCCGCCAGGGCCAGGCGUGACCAUCAGCGGGCGUCAUUUUCCGCAGGGGGUUGUGCUGAGCGUGCCUGCGUACACGAUGCAUCAUAGCAGGGAGAUCUGGGGGGAGGAUGCGGAUGCGUUUCGGCCGGAGCGCUGGGAGACGCUGACGGAGCGGCAGAAGGGCGCGUUUAUCCCGUUUAGCUACGGUCCGCGCGCGUGUGUGGGCAGGAAUGUUGCGGAGAUGGAGCUCGCGCUUAUUGUUAGCACGGCGUUUCGGAGGUAUGAGUUUGAGCUUAGGCAGGGCGAGAUGCAGACUAGGGAGGGGUUUUUGAGGAAGCCGCUCGGGCUGGAGGUGGGGAUGCGGAGGCGGAGGGAUGUUUGAACAUCUCAAAAAUAAAAAGUGAUGUGGGAAGGAAACUCUGGUAUCAGGAUGGGUGGUUUUACUAUGAGUAGAACAGAGCAGACGCGGUCGUCUUUCGUGGGAAAAAAAAAGCGUACGACUAGGUAUUUCUCUUCAAACGAAAACAGAAAUACAAAAUCAUCAAAUAUC